AUGGACAUUGACGAGGACAGCAUAGGCUCGCCGCCUUCAACCCCACGACCCACACACGUCGAGGCGAAACGAGCUACUGAACAAGCUGUCGAGACGGCCGACGGAGAAGUCUCCACGGCUCCACUGCCGAUUAAAUUUCCACUACCCUCUCCAGUGCGCACAGGCACGAUUAAUCUUCUCGAUAGCACGAGGGCCUCGACCCCUGGCACCGACGGCUUUAGACUGCCCCAGAGCCCUGCCUCUGAGCACCCAGAAAGUCCACAUCACGACGGUAAACUUGUCUUGCAGGAAGCGCUGAAGUCCAUACGAGAGAAGUCGAGGACUCCACCAUCGAAAGAGUUCUCGGAGUCUCCCAAGCCCGACGAUCAGCCUGUUGACGAAGACGCCAUGGAGGUCGAUGCGAGACCUUGCCCUCAUCCAUUCGAGUCUCGUGGUCGACCAUGGUACUAG